CGCCCCUCCCCCUCCCGCAGGCGUCUGCUUUCCAGAAUCCAAGAUGGCGGGAUCCAGGCAAAGGGGUCCCCAGGCCAGAGCUCGGCCGUUUUUCUGCGCCCUCCUGCUGUCGCUUAGUCACUUCGUCGGAGGCCAAGGCGUGGGAGGAGACCCCGCGGCCCCUGGUGUCGCGGACACCCCAGCCGCGCUGCCACAUCGCCGUUUCGAAUACAAAUACAGCUUCAAGGGGCCGCACCUGGUGCAGAGCGACGGGACCGUGCCCUUCUGGGCCCACGCGGGGAAUGCUAUUCCAAGUUCAGAUCAAAUUCGAAUAGCACCAUCUUUAAAAAGCCAAAGAGGAUCUGUGUGGACAAAGACAAAAGCAGCCUUUGAGAACUGGGAAAUUGAGGUGACAUUUCGAGUGACUGGAAGAGGUCGAAUUGGAGCUGAUGGCCUGGCAAUUUGGUACACAGAAAAUCAAGGGUUGGAUGGUCCUGUGUUUGGAUCAGCUGAUAUGUGGAAUGGUGUGGGAAUAUUCUUUGAUUCUUUUGACAAUGAUGGAAAGAAAAAUAAUCCUGCUAUAGUAAUUAUAGGCAACAAUGGACAAAUCCAUUAUGACCAUCAAAAUGAUGGUGCUAAUCAAGCUUUAGCAAGUUGCCAGAGGGACUUCCGUAACAAACCCUACCCUGUCCGGGCAAAAAUUCUAUAUUACCAGAAGACACUAACAGUAAUGAUCAAUAAUGGCUUCACACCAGAUAAAAAUGAUUAUGAGUUUUGUGCCAAAGUGGAAAAUAUGAUUAUCCCUGCACAAGGGCAUUUUGGAAUCUCUGCUGCAACUGGAGGUCUUGCAGAUGACCACGAUGUCCUUUCUUUUCUGACUUUCCAACUGACUGAGCCUGGGAAAGAGCCACCUACACCAGAUAAAGAAAUUUCAGAAAAAGAAAAAGAAAAAUAUCAAGAGGAAUUUGAGCACUUUCAACAAGAACUGGAUAAAAAAAAAGAGGAAUUCCAGAAAGUUCACCCUGACCUGCAGGGGCAACCUGCGGAUGAAAUAUUUGAGAGUGUAGGAGAUCGGGAGCUGAGACAGAUCUUUGAAGGACAGAAUCGUAUUCAUCUUGAAAUCAAGCAGUUGAACCGACAGUUAGAUAUGAUUCUUGAUGAACAGAGGAAAUACGUUUCUUCCUUGACAGAGGAGAUCUCUAAGAGAGGGGCAGGAAUCCCAGGGCAGCACGGACAGAUCUCUCAGCAAGAGCUGGAUACUGUUGUGAACACUCAGCAUGAGAUUCUGAGACAAGUAAAUGAAAUGAAGAAUUCCAUGAGUGAAACCGUCAGACUGGUCGGUGGCGUUCAGCACCCUGGGUCAGCUGGGGGCGCGUAUGAGACAACCCAGCACUUCAACGACAUCAAAGAGCAUCUCCACGUGGUGAAGCGGGACAUCGAGAGCCUCGUGCAGAGGAACGCGCCAUCACAUGAAAGACCUAAAUGCCCAGAACUACCACCAUUUCCAUCAUGUUUAUCGACGGUGCACUUUGUUAUAUUUGUAGUGGUACAAACGAUGUUAUUCGCUGGUUAUAUCAUGUACAGGACUCAACAAGAAGCAGCUGCCAAAAAGUUCUUUUGACCACCAUUUUCAUAUGUGUACAUCAUGUAUGUAUGUACAAAAUGUUGUUUUGAGGGAAUUUAAGUAUUUAAAUUGCUUCAUAGGCUAAAUUAUUAAAUUUUGUAUAAAAUAACUUUAAACAUUGAUUUGGAGUAAAAAUAAAACCUUAAAGACAACCACAUGUAAAUUUGUGCAUAGUACGUAAGGUCUAUUUAAAUUUCGGUGACUUUCUGGCCAAUAAAAUACAGCCACUGAACAGAAUUGAUAAAUAAGAGAGUAAAUAAUAGAAAAUGGGGGCAGCCCCCAGAUAUGAAAAUUACCCCUACGUCUCAGAUGUUGGAGGUUUAUUUCACAUAAACACACUUGCUGUCCUGCCACACCCCCACCCCAAAUACGAGGUCUAAAUACGAGGUCUCCCCCCAUCGUGGUUAUUUUGUAACCAGUCAUUUUUUAAGAGGUCAGAAUUUCCUACUCGAAGACCCAAUCCCGCAAUCCUUUAAUCUAAUACUGCUUCCUUUGAAAUCAAAGAAUAUUUUGUCUGAGAGCAUUAGGAUCUGGAUAGUAGGCUUCAGAUAGUUUAAUGAAGCAUUUUUCCCCUCUGAUUAUUGGUGAUAUAUUUCACUUUCAAAGGAAAAUUUGGGGAAAACUUAAAAGCUGCUCUUUGCCUAAGAAACGUUUAGGAGAACACAUUCCUCUGAUAAUAGUUUGUGUGGGCAUUUUGCCUGGUAAUGUGUUCAUUUCAUGAUUGCUCAUGUUCCUAAAUGUCUUCAUUCUAACAGUGUCAGUUCAGUAUUACGAAAAUAAUUUCUGCGUUUGUGGUUUGUACAUGUAGAUUCAGCUCAGAUUGUACCUUCAGUGGAUCCUGUAGCCCACAAACUCCACACCAUGCCCGGGUUUACAUUACUCCAUGCAACCUGGCGUUGGCCACUCUGCGUGCAUGUGUCAAUCAAGGAGGCUGUAUCAGAGGCCGUGUUAGGAUUUUUGAAGGCGAAAUUUGAAAAGAAUUAAUACUUCUGAUUUCUUUCUUUUAAUGCCAAAACUGAGGCUAUCGUGAAGCACUUGUUAGUAAGUUUAACCUUGAAAUGUCAGACUGGAAGGGGUCAUUAUAGUCUUUAUACAUAGUUCUAGAUGUUAUAGAAACAGUCUGUAAGUGACAUUUUAAAACAUACAUAAUUUUAUUCUCACAGGUGAUGUGGACUUAUUUUUGCUGGCUUCAAAAUACUCUUUUAGCUAAAGUGGUUAUCUUUCAUUUGACGUAGAAUCCAAAGUAAUACUGUUUUAUAAAAUAGUAUAUUUAAUUCUUGCAAGCCUUGAGAAAUGAUCUCUAAGAUGUCAUUUACAGGUUGGGCUAAGUGCCUAACAGCUAUACAAAGACUAUGAUGAACUCUCCAUUAUAGCAGUUCUUAUCUUGUGCUGCGUAUCAGAUAGUCCUAGCAUCGCUCUUUAUCUUAGCAUUUACCCCGGAACACUGAACAAGAAUUUUCUAAUGCUCAGUCACAUCCACAAACAAAAUGCCUCGCUAGUGUUCUUCCCCAUAGUCUUAACAUUGUGAAUUCAUAUUUCAGAGGCCUCAUCAUCACAGAAUUUAGUCUUAUUUCAUGAGAAAAAUUAAUACCUUCAGAAGAAUAUUUAAGUUGUAGACUAUGAGCUUGGGAAAUCCUCUUGUGAUAAAAGGCUUUGAGAUAUCCAGUGUUAUAAACUCCAUGGUCACGUGUGCCUGAACUUGUUAAAGGAAUGCUGGAUCUAUGCAGGAUACAUUUUUCAGGCUGAAAUUUAAGAGGAAUCAUUCCGAUCGUCCCCAAUACGAAUGGAGACGGCUAUUAUGAAAGAGCACACGCAGGAAUCUUUUCUACUUAGUAAUUUAAUUUGCUAAAAAUCACUCAGUAAAGCAGUUCGCACAGAGUGUUUAUCAUAUUAUUUGAAAAUUGCUUUAUUUUCCUCGAAAUCAUCGACUUUAGCUCAUUUUCAAAGAAAAGCGUUGGCCCUGUGGAAAAUUCAAUCACUGCCAGGAUUCCUUCAUUUCUGUACUGUUUUAUAUAAUUGAAUUUAACUUCUCUCACACCAGCAAGUAUUUUACAGGUGCCUUGGAUUAAAACAAAAUUGAUUUUAAAAUUUUAGUGUAAGUUGUGCUUAUGAUGCUACUUUUAAAAAGAAAUGCAAUUACAUGAUGGCUGAUAACUCUUAUUUAAUGUACCUAUUUGUGUUCUACUUGUUUGGAUGUUUUAUUCAGCUUGAAACUUUACUAUGAAAUCACAAACAAACAACAUUCUGUUAAGUAUUGAAGGGAUAUCAGCAUUUGUCACAGCGGGGGUCCUUGAACCAUCCGGGUCCUAGAGUGCUUGUUAAGAACACGGAUCCCAGGGCCCCAUCCCAAAGCGCCUGAAUUAAAGCUCAGAGGUGGGACUUGAGAAUAUCCGUUCCAACAAGCACCUCAGGUGAUUCUGAGCACACUGAUGUUUGAGAACCACUAAGAUGGGGAGUGGAAAAAAAAAAAAAAGCAUUUUUUUGUUGGUUUAAAGCUGAGCUGAGAGCAUAAUGUAACAUUUUCAUUGUCGAUGACGUUAGCAAAUGUGCACUGAUUCUUUUAUACUUAAAAUUUACUUAAUGUCCUUUUUACUAAAACUCUUGGUUUAGUAGCAGCCAGAAACUAAACCCAGAUCGCUGCCUGUAGCUCUUGGUACUUUGGCCGAUGGCUUUUAAACUUACUAAAUCAUCUUCAGAUUAUGCUCAAGCCAUGAAAACUCCCCUCUUCAUGUCUGCCUGCUAUAGCUCUUUGCUUUCUUGAUGGCAAUUUUUGUGACAUUUUAUCUCAGACAAUUGUACUUUUUGAUAACUUGGGGAAAACAAAAAUUACUUGAAUAACGGAUUGCCGGACCCGCUGCAUCAGAGACACAGCCUUUGUGAAGAACAUAACAAGAGUUGUGAAUAUUAAGAUGUGAUUAUCUUUUCCUGUCCAUGUGCUCACCGCAGGGAGAUAGCGAACAAAUGAUUAUAUUGGGGUUUUUUAUUUUUAUUUAUAAGGUCUAAUGUGAAAUCACCACUUGCAACUUUUUAGAUCUGUAUGUUGCCUGUUUAAUCUAUUUCAGAGUUGAAAGGUGUUUUCUAUCCUCUGUUAAUUUCAAUUGGAUAACAUUUUUUGUCAAGUGUUUUCUUCUGAUUGUUAUUUGAUGCUAGCUGGAAUUCAAGAAAUGACACUGACCUUAUUCAAAUAAAGAAAUAUUUUAGUAAA